UUCAUAGUAUAUUUAUGUUUAUUGGAAAGCAAAAUGUCAGCUCGAAUUAAGUACACAAAGCAGAUGAUUGCAGUGCGUAAAAAACGAAUAAUUCAGGCCAAACUUCGGAAGAAACCACUCACUUCGUUUGAUCACAGGCUUAUUGAAUUGGAGCGGCGUAUAAAUAGACUAACCAGAGAGGUCCGAGAAUACAAAAAUCGAUUCAGUGAGGUCUCAAUGCAGACCGACAUUCAAAUUCCAUUUAAGACGGACCUCGAAUUUUUCAAAAAAGUGGAAUUCCUCGCUGUGCAGAUGCUGGUGGAACGCCAAGAACCGAUUUUGGUUGUAGACUCUUGAUUUCCCUAAAGAAAACGAGAAUCAUAGC